UACGUGUAACAACGCUUUCCAUUGGACCACAGAUAGUAGAGUCUCGUUAUCGAUCUGGUACCAAUUUCAAAGUUGACAAGACGUCGCAUCAGCUGAUCAACAGGUCUUCAAUAAUACAUAAUGGAGCUGAAUACACUGAUGUGCACAGUAUGGAUGGAGACUAUCGGAUCGGCUGGUGAUGUACAGAAACGCACACAGCAUAAAAACAUGAAUCUCACACUUGGAAGGAAUGAGUUUCGAGAUGUUGUUCUGAAACUGGACUUCGCUAAAAGAGACAUGAAGUUUGCAUUGAAAGAGUUAACAAUUCACAAAAAGUUUGUCAAAGAUGGGAAAGCAACCAUUAAAAUUCCAGACAGAAAUGUACAGUUUUUAUUAUCAAAUUGUCCACCAGAUAAACUCAUUAUGUUUCUUAAAACAAUGCACACCAAACUUGAAUGUCAGAAACAAAAGCCACUUGUUCAUGAUAGGAAACGUUUGUUGUCAGAUAUACCAAGAACUUUUGAAGACAUAAGUCCUCUUACUCUAAAAGAUCUUCAGACAGUUCAUGAACUGAGAGCAAAGAAGGCUGAACAUAAAUUGGAUGGGUUCACACCUAAGGGAAAGGGGAAGCGAAAAAGAGAAAAUGAUGAGAAAGAAAAUGUUCCACCUCAGGGUGUCAAAAUGGCUCGUAAACUGAUGUCGACCACCUGUAGUCCAUUUAAACCUGUGCUGAAUCCAGUGAAGCUGAACAAAGGACAGACUUCUGUACUGGAUGCCAUCAUCAGUAGGAAAAACGUCUUCUUCACAGGGAGUGCUGGGACUGGCAAAUCUUUCCUACUGCGAAGAAUUAUUGGUGCAUUGCCGCCCCAACAUACUUACGCAACAGCCAGUACCGGAGUAGCUGCCUGCCACAUAGGGGGGAUAACUCUACACUCCUUUGCUGGUAUAGGUUCUGGUCGAGCAGAUCUCCAGCAGUGUGUAGAGCUGGCCUCACGACCCCUCGUCAUACAACAAUGGAAGAAAUGUCAACACCUCAUCAUUGAUGAGAUAUCCAUGGUGGAUGGCGACUUCUUCGAUAAAUUGGAAACAGUAGCAAGAGUGGUAAAACAGAAUGAUCUCCCCUUUGGAGGAAUACAGCUGAUUCUUUGUGGAGAUUUCCUACAAUUGCCACCUGUAACCAAGGGCACGGAUAAAAGAAAAUUUUGUUUCCAGGCAAAGUCAUGGUCAAAAUGUGUCCAGUUGAACAUGGAGUUGACGGAGGUGAAACGACAAUCAGACAGCCAUUUCAUCAGCAUCCUACAAAAUGUCAGACUUGGCAGAUGUCCUGACUUUGUUGAAAAAACCCUUCGAGCAACAUCAAAACAUAAUAUUCAGAAAAAUGGUAUCCUAGCAACACGACUCUGCACACACAAAGAGGAUGUGGAUGAGAUCAACAAGUACCAGAUGGGGAAACUCAAUGCCACACCCAAGGUGUUUCUGUCUACAGACAAUGACACAUCCUAUUCCAAACAGAUAGAUGGCCUUUGUCCCGUUCCACACAAACUGGAGCUCAGGGUGGGCACACAGGUAAUGCUAGCCAAGAACCUUGAGGUGCAUCGAGGCCUUGUCAAUGGGGCCAGAGGACUGAUCACUGGGUUUGAGAAAGGAAGUGAAGGUCUACCGAUUGUAAAAUUUCUGUCUGGGCUAGAGGAGGUCAUUAAACCAGCUCGAUGGACAUUUAAGGCUGCAGGGGCCGUCUACCUCACCAGAAAACAGAUCCCGCUAAAACUGGCCUGGGCUAUCUCAAUACACAAGAGUCAGGGAAUGACAUUGGAUUGCGUAGAGAUCACAGUCUCCAAAGUGUUUGAAUCGGGCCAGGCCUAUGUAGCAUUGUCACGUGCCAAGAGUUUGGAAGGAUUACGGGUGCUUGACUUUGACCGAGCGUGUGUACGCGCUAACCCUGAUGUAUUGAAGUUCUACCACAAACUCGACUUGACCAGAAGGAUGUUACAGACCAACAUAGAGGAGUAUUCUUGAUGUUUGUGAUACCUAGUGGACAAAUAUCUAAAUAGAAAUAUUUUAGACGAUUCAUGGUAGGUUGUCUCAGAUAACAUGUCAAAAGUGCAAUAUACUGUAAUACUUGAUAACAGAUGUUUUGGAGACAUUAAAAAAUCCAGCUGUAUGUCUUUGAAAUUGAUUCUUGUUUCAUCUGAUGUAUAAUGGAGAGAUUCAUGAAAGCCUAUCAAAAAUUGGAUAGGUUUAAUAAUAAUAAUGAUAUGUUACAUUAUAUCCAAUAUCACAGCCAUGCGUUUUAUCAAUCAGGUUACAACAUCAGGUAAGGUCAGUAUUUAACUUUGUGAUAAAUAACAUGUUUAUAUGUUAUCAAAGAUCUCAAAAUGUUUUUAAAAAUACCGAUGUUAUGACUCAUUUCUAAUGUGAGCUACAAAUGUGAUAUAUUUUAGCUAGGUUAUCGGACCCACAGGGUCAGGAUUGCCUGUGGCCAUUGUUUUUUAAUCCGUCGUCAUUGCAAUUUGAUUCAAAUCUUACUUUUCUGAAAUGAUCCUGAGAUGGUCCUAAACAAGUGUUGUUAUUUUUUGUAUUUUCAAAGAUGGCUACCAUUUUUAAAAACAUGUUUAAUUCUUUUUCUCAUUCAGUUCUAUCAAUCUUGAGAGGGUCUUGUCCAUGUGUUAUUUUUCUGGUCAGCAAGAUAUCUGAGAUGGCUACCAUCUUUAAAAACAUCUUUUAUUCUUUUUCUCAUUCAGUUCUAUCAGUCUGGAGAGGGUCUUGUCCAAGUGUUGUUAUUUUUUCAGUCAGCCAGAAAAACACAUUUUAAACUUCUUCACAUGUUUCAGUGGUAGGAUAUAGCUUACACUUUCUAGGAAUUAUCUUGAGAUGUUCCUUUAGUACCAAAUAUUGUUAAGUUUUGUGUUGAUUACAAAUGCAAGAAAACUGCUACAACUGCUAGUUUUGAAAUAAAAUUAACAUGUUCUGCAGUUCCGCUAUUUUGAUUUAGUUGAAACUUGCCAGGAAUGAUCUUGAUUAAGUGUGGAUUGACUUUUUAAAUGGGUACAAAUUCCCACAAAGAAUCUCAAUUGUUCUCAGUACCAUUUUACUGCUAGUAUGUAUACUACAAUAUCUAUUGUUUCCUGGAUUCAAACAUGUGUCAAAAUAAUUUCAUUGUUAUAAUACUACAUAUAUUUUACCUUUAAAUAUUAUAAUAUUUUUAGUUAAAAUAUCAGUGUUUGCAAUAUAAAUUCCAGGUGGUGAACUCACCUGCUAGUGCGAGGUAUAGAGACAUACAAUGUCAGACAAGCUUUGUACCAGUGACGGUACUCCUGUUCUUUUUGUAUCAAGAGACAUUUUGCGGAAAUGUUAUACCUGGUUGUAUGAUGCCAAGAUGGCUAGGUUAUGUAUGUCUGUACUGUUAUGAAAUCAGAACUUUAUCUUUUUAAGAUGGUACAGCGUUGACAGCUUCUACACUGUCACACCAAAUGCUUAAAAUAGCACUUAUCGUAUCUAGUUACCAAAAGCAAAUACAUAAAAAAAACUUAAUAACUGCAUUGUAAAAUGAUCACAUAUAGAGGCGGAGAACAGUAGAAUUUCUUUCGAAUACAAUUAAUUAUUAAUGAAUCCCGAACAUAGAGAAGCUCAAAUUGUUAGAAGUUGGUGGUAUCAUAAAAUAUGUAAUUUUUGGUAUUGUAUAAAAAUAUACAACAGCCUAUACUUGUUUUCAAUUGAUCAUAAUUACUCUUUUAUCAGAUUGUAGUUCAUGUAGCUUUGAUAUCAAAAACAUUCUAUCAUUUGAAAAACGUUGUUACAACGGCAUUUUGGAAAGUUCUACAGUUCAAAUUAAAUAUAACCUGUCUCAAAAACAUGAUGUCUUUUUAUACUUUAAUCUGACUCCAUGAUUGUGAUGUGUACAGUCAAACUUGUAAUAGCGGACACCCUUAUAUAGCGGACACCUGUCCAUAACGGACACUUCCAGGAAUCCCCGAUGAAAAUCCCUAUAUAAAUAUCAUGUAUAUAGCGGACACCUUCCUAAUGCGGACAGCGGACAC